AUGAGUGAACUUGAUCAGUUACGCCAGGAGGCUGAGCAACUAAAAAACCAAAUCAGAGAUGCUAGGAAAGCGUGUGCCGACGCUACCUUGGCCCAGAUCACAGCCAACAUUGAUCCUGUGGGUCGUAUUCAGAUGCGCACUAGAAGAACUCUGCGGGGACACUUGGCCAAAAUUUACGCAAUGCACUGGGGAACCGAUUCCAGGCUUCUAGUUAGUGCAUCACAAGAUGGAAAACUGAUCAUCUGGGACAGCUACACCACAAACAAGGUCCAUGCCAUCCCUUUGCGUUCCUCUUGGGUCAUGACCUGCGCGUACGCCCCUUCCGGAAACUACGUGGCCUGCGGUGGUCUCGAUAACAUUUGUUCCAUUUACAACUUGAAAACGCGCGAAGGCAACGUCCGAGUAAGCCGCGAGCUGGCCGGCCACACAGGCUAUUUGUCUUGUUGCCGGUUUGUGGAUGAUAAUCAGAUUGUGACCAGCUCUGGAGACACCACUUGCGCCCUGUGGGACAUAGAAACCGGACAGCAAACCACCACCUUCACCGGCCACACCGGCGAUGUUAUGAGCUUAUCUCUCGCUCCGGAUUCCAAGUGUUUCGUGUCUGGUGCCUGCGAUGCCUCAGCCAAGCUGUGGGAUGUCCGAGAAGGGAUGUGCAGGCAGACCUUCACCGGCCACGAGUCCGACAUCAAUGCCAUUUGCGUACGUAUGAAGGUGGCAGGCGGUGUCUUAGCCGGCCACGAUAACCGUGUCAGUUGCUUAGGAGUGACUGACGAUGGCAUGGCGGUGGCCACAGGAUCGUGGGACAGCUUCCUCAAGAUCUGGAACUGAAGCCUGACAGUCCGUGAACUCCCCACUGAUCGGAAGAAUUUUUUUCCCCCAACGGUUGAAAGUUUAAAAUAAUGUAUCCAACUC